GCAGUGUUGAGUAUUUACCACGCUAAAACUUUAUUUUUUUCAUUAAAUAAAUAUAAAAUUUAUUUUCAUUUUAUAUAGAGCCCACAGAAUACAAUGGCCAGCGCUUCUGCGAGAUUUCCCAAUAAUUUAAAAGACUUUGGAUAUGACUUUGAUGAAGGAGGGAGAUUACGAAAAUUAGAUCCGAAAACUGGUCUAAUAACUAAUGAAGGUUUUGAAUUUAAUGUUAGUGAGGAUGCACAAUAUAAUCAAAAACGUUAUGAAGCAUUAGGAGAGGUAAUAAAUCAAUACGUAUAUGAACUUUUAGAAAAAGAAGGGUUGAAACGCCUGCCACUUCCAAAAAAUAGUGAUAGCCCAUUAGAAUUACGUUCAUUUGUAUUUGCUUGUGAUAAAGCAUUUACAAAUAAAAAAUUGAUGAUUCUUAUACACGGCAGUGGCGUCGUUAGAGCUGGCCAAUGGGCAAGAAGAUUAAUUAUCAACGAUAAUCUCAAAAGUGGUACACAGUUACCAUACAUUAAAAAGGCUAAAGAACUGGGCUAUGGUAUCAUCGUUCUCAAUACGAAUGACAAUCGUAGAUUAAUUAACGGCGUUAAUGUAGACAUUAAAGGAAGCGAAGAUCCACAUGAGCACAUGGAAACAGUUUGGUCUGAUUAUAUAAAAUCAUCAGAAGCUAAGGAUAUUGCUAUUGUAGCUCACAGUUAUGGUGGAGUCUGUACAGUUGAAUUUGCGCAUCGACAUCCAGAAGAAUUUAAAAAAUUAGUAUUUGCUGUAGGUUUUACCGAUUCUGUUCAUAGAUUACCUAGAAAUGGCUGUGAGCAUGUAGUUCAGGUCUCAAAAAAUUGGGUGUCAUCAGAACAACCACUUGAUACUCCAGUUGAUUGCGCUAGUGAUGAUGUGCCGUGUGUAUCAGCUGGGCAUCCAGUUCACGAAAUGACAUCUUGGUCAUGCAUCGAAUCUCUAUUCAAAUUUCUCGAGGAGCGUUAUCACAAUCGUAUCAAGGGCAAAGAUUAACUGAUGCCCCUAUUAAUGUUACUAAAUCGUAAUUUUAACAAUUAAACAUAUUUUUAUUUUUAUUUAAUCUAAUCUAUUGAUACUUUUUACGCAUAAACUUUUUUUACUAUUAUUCAUUAUCUAAUAAUAGUAUAUAUACAUUAAUUAAAUUUUUUUACUUUUAAUUAAUUUUAAUGACUAUUUCAUUGUAGUUAUACAUACACAUGUAAAGACAAUUAUAAUGAAAUAUAAAUAUAGAAUCUUAAAUUUUA